UUUGUGAGCGAUGGAGACAUUUUAAAAAAAAACAUACAGCUAACUGCUAAACAGGGCUCGCGGAGCUGCGAGUCUUCUGCGUCAAAACACAUUCAAAUUCUUCCAACUUGUAAAUAAGUCAAGUGCAUUCAGCGGUGCACAGUUUACAUAUCACAUAUCAGAGAGGUUGCACGUUACUGAAGAUGUCGAGUGUGACACUUGGAAAAGAAGAAUAUAAGUAACUCUGCGCAGGUGAGGUCCUGUCCAGGGACAUUGGUCCAUGCUUGAUGGACCUUUGGCCGCUGGGCUCAACUAGCAUGAAGAUGGCUGACUCAGAAAAGGCAGAAGAAUUUGUAGAUGCUGAGUGCCCCUCAGAGUGCCUUGAUGAAGCUCAAUCAGCCACAGCUUCUGUUCAAGCAGAGCAGGAUGAGCAUCUGAAAACAGAAACCACUACCAGUACCAGUUCGCCCCCAAGGGAAAAGGAGGCGGACAGCCCCUUGAAUACAGAGGGUGAGCAGAGUCUCCUGUCCAUGCCAUGCUUGAUGAAGGAGCUUCGCAGAGACUCACCAGAGUCUCAGCAUGCCUCAACAGGAAGUGACAAACCCGUGUCUCGUCAUAUCUACGAGAGUGACUCCUCGAACCCCUGCAUGCUCUCGCCUUCAUCCAGUGGCCACCUGGCUGACUCUGAUACACUCUCCUCAGGGGAAGAAGGUGCUGCUCCUCCCAUAGGAGAAGAGGAAGAGGGCAGCAUGGAAGCUACAGGUGAUCCUGGGCAGGCAGGAGGAAUGCAAGCAUCUGCCACAGUUGCAGGGGGAAGGAAGUCUCGACGGUCACGUUCAGAGAGUGAGGUGCCUCCAAAUACAAUGGCUGCAAAGAAGAACCGCUGCCAGCCCACCAUGAUAGCAGCCGCAGGAGGCCAGGAAAAACAAACCAAUGGCAAGUUUUCAAAAGUGAAAGGUCACCGCAGUCAGAAACACAAGGAGCGAAUGCGCCUGCUGAGGCAAAAACGAGAGGCAGCAGCACGGAAGAAGUACAACCUGCUGCAGGACAGCAGUACAAGUGACAGCGAGCUCACUUGUGACUCCAGCACCAGCUCCUCCGAGGAUGAGGAUGAUGACACCUCAGGGGGUAGCAAGACAAUCAAGACAGAUAUUCCAGCUGGCUUCAGACGUGCUUCGGAGAGAUCCAGAGUGGGAUCCCAGAUUCAUGGGUUACUGGACAGCGGCUCGUGGGACAGGAACGGCAUCGGCAGCGUUCUGGAGGAGGCCAUGACGCGCUUUGCUGUGAUGCAGCGUCAGACUGAGGAGCGCUUCCGCGUCUGGAUGGAAAAGCUUGCACACCUCGACUCGGACAACGAUUCUUCCAAGCGCUCGAGUGACGGCCCAGAAGGGCAGCAGCAGGCCUCACAGGGGGCACGGCCUUCCCCCCCAAGCUCAUUUUUGCCAUCUUCAGAGUCUGCAGAGACUAUGGCUGCCUACAUGUUGGCACGAGAGAACAACAGUCUCACCCACACCCCUAUAAACAACAACAACAACAUCCACCCUGAAGUUGUCACUCAGAAUGGAAAUCUAGGUGUUCCAGACCCUGGUCUCUUGAAUGUUUAGAUUUCACUUCUGCUUCACCCCUCGCAGUUUCUUACUUUGAUCUCGACAAGUGUAGAGAUAGUUAAGGCAGAAAGCAAUGGGGUAUACCCGUUCAAGGAUGUGAGGGCACUAAACAGAAACACCACCAGCAGCAGCAGCUGGGCCUGAACUGGUCAUUUGAACUUGACUCUGUGCAGACCAGGGGCCCGUGCUAUGAAGCAGGUUUAACAUGUCUUCUUUAUAUGGCUUUGUUAAGCCUAGCAAACACAGUCACAUGGAGUCUGGUAAUCGGUUGGGGUUUUUUUUUGUUUGUUUGUUUGUUUGUUUGUUUUAAUUAAACCCAGCUAUGAGCAUUUUCGCAUAACAUGCGUAAUGGUGGCACCAGAUGACCAACUGCAAAGACUAUGGGACUAUAGCCACUUAAAGUCAGAACAAACAGUAAUCCUGAUAUGAAGAAAAUUAAAAAUGUAAUCCAGGCAAAAAGCCAGGAGGAAAAAUUGGCAUAAAAUUGCAUUUUGUGUGAAUGUGCAAUUUACUAAAAGGCCCAUUAGUGAUGAUGCUCCAUCACUGACAAACAAGAAAAUAUAACUUGAAUUACAAUGAUGUAUUUCUUCAAAUUCAUGUGUUACCUGUGGUUGUUUAUUUAGAUAAUUUUAGCUCUGUUGUUUCAGCUACAACCCAGGUAAUGUUAAAUCGAAUGACAUCGGGUAAAAUAUUUUUUUAAAUUCUUGCAAAUUUUAUAAGGUCUAAGCACUGGAAUUUAAUCAGUUAAAGAGUCUUGACAUAUGGAAAGAAGAAAUGGGCUCAAAUGCUCACAGGCAUAAGUGAAAUAAAACCCACUCAGUACAUGUGCUGUACAGCCCAAAGGAUCUUCACAAAAGACAACCAAUUGGUCAGUAGUUGGUGCUUUAUAUACGUUCAUCUGUUAUGUUGAACAUGACCUACUCAGGAGGUCGUGUAUUUUGGUGUGGUCUAAUGUGGCAGUGUACCCGCAGAAGGAACUGAAUUUGGAAGCUGGGGAACCCUGAAAACCUGAAACUAGCUUGGAAUCCUGCUUAGUAGCACGGGCCCCUGAGGCUCAGCAUGUGUGCUGGCACUGAAUCACUGUGAGAUUUGACACUGAGAAAAAUUCAACUCACCUAUUUGAUUUCUGCAGCAUCUGUGACACGGAAACAUGGCUUCUCAAUAGACUGAGUCAGGGCUCUUAUUGUAUUGCUUUGCUUUCUUUCUUUCGUUUUUUUCAGCACCAGCUGAAUACCCUCUUUGACACAUACAGAGUAAUUGUUUUAUUUCUUUCAUUCAGCAUAUGAACUAUAAUGAUGGGUAGCCAUCAUUGCGGUGUUAAGUGGGGUGCUGCUGUGUAAUAGCAUGUGCCUUGUCAUUCUGAACUCAUGCUGGGAAUGAUGGGUAAAGCAUUAUAGUGCUGUUUCCUUAAGAAUCAGGUUUACCACUGCAUACCCCCCGUUUGUCUUGAACUGUUUGCACUUUGCUUGUAAACAGUUCAGGAAAAUCUUGUGACAACCUUUAUUUUGGUGGCAUAGCUUUACUAACAGAACAUUUAAACAUAGAUAUGCCUAUAAAUAUAAACACAAUAUACUAACCCACACAAUUUCUUGCUUUUUUAAAAAUCUAUAUUAAGGAUUAGACGUGUUUACAUUUUUAAAUAAAGGCCUUUCUGUUACAUUUGCUGCUGGCGCUGCAUUUGCGCAGUAACAUGAAACGAGUGAUUGAGGAAUCUGGAAAAGAAAACUUGUGGUUAUUUUAGUAGCUUAGGUGUAGAUUUUAUAACAUCAUAUAAGGCAUGGGUUCUUUUGUUGUGGCUAUUGGCUGCAUUGGCCUCAAAUCUUCAGUCAUAUUAUAGUGAUGGGUAUUUGUCUACUUCAAUUUUGUUUGCACUGGUCUGCCAGUUUGUCCAGUGUCCCCACCAGGCACUGCGUAUUCGCAUCUUGACUUUAAACUGAAAACCCAGGCAUCAAACGUGCAGAUAUAGAGCAGUAAUACAGCUGCAGUAUGGUGCAUGGCAAUGUUUACGGAUUUUUUUCUAAUUAAAAAAAGAAAAG